AAUCAACAACAACAUGGUCGGCCUGAAGUUCGUAGUCGUCGUCGCAGCCGUUCUGGCAUCAGCGCACGCCGAAAAGUCCGCAAUGGGCUUGCUCCAGGACAUGUACCACUCGUGCAUCCAGGACCUGUCCGUCAGCUGCGUGAAGCCCAAAGCUCUCAGUUGGAUUAGCGAGGUGGCCGACAGGCCCGUGAUCAAGAUCACCGAGGACUUGCUGGUUGUCAAGAAGAACGUUCCGGAGCACGACGAACAACGCGGAAUGGCCGAAGACAUUUUCGACAAGUUCGAGGACUUCCUGCAAAGCCACGAGUUGGUGGCCAAGGCGCCCGAAAUCCUGAGAGCCGAAGGACCGUUGGGAAGUCUCUUGCCCAGGUCGUUCACACCACAAGACGUUCAAGUACCUCUUGCUGCAACUGGUCGUUCCUCCAAACUGGUGAAGAAGGUUAUCGUACCAUUCUUGUUGGGUCUUAAAUUCAAGACUGCAGUUCUUGUGCCACUUGCCCUGGCUUUGAUCGCCUUGAAAACGUGGAAAGCCCUCACCUUGGGUCUUCUGUCCAUGGUUUUGACUGGCGCCUUGUUGAUCUUCAAAUUCACCAAACCAAAAGUUGUGAACUACGAAGUCAUCCACUACCCACAACACAUCGAUCAUCACAUUGAACACGCCCCUGUUGCAUGGGAACAUCCUGGCUACGGAAGAGAGUUGUCCGCUCAAGAAAUGGCUUACAACGCACAUUUGAACUGAUUUAAUUUAUUAAAUUGUUAUUGUUUAUUUAUUUU